AGAAUACUUAGCUCGAGCCGCUCUCGUCUUCCCCAAUCUCGCCGCCGUCCCCCACCCCGACCAAACCUGAGGUUUCCUUUCUCCCCUCCGUGUCGACGAAGGCCUUCGUCGACCCUCCGCCGCCGCCGCCGCCGCCGCCGACCUUGUCACUCCGGCCGCUGCUCGGCCUCACUCCAAAAGCUCCGACCAGCAGCCGCCGUCCACGAUGGCCGAGUAAAUCUUGCGGCGGCGGCGGCGAGAUGGUGGUGGUGUCUAGCGGCGGCGGCGGCGGGGGGAACGCGUGGGCGAAGGAGAUGACCAUCCGCCGCAGGAUGGCCAGCAUAUUCAACAAGACGCAGGACCAUUUCUCGUGUCUGAAAGACUACAACGAUUAUCUAGAAGAGGUUGAGGAUAUGACUUUCAACCUGAUUGAGGGGAUAGAUGUCGAGGAGAUUGAAGCUAAGAUUGCCAGGUACCAGCAGGAAAAUGCUGAACAGAUAUACUUGUCCCGGGCUAAAAGGGCUGAAGAUCUUGCCGCCGCACUUAAAGCAAGCAGAAUGAACCCUGGAAAGGCUGCUGCCAGUGACACGGUCAGUUUAUAUUCGCAAACUGGAUGGCUGCUGGAAGCUCCCAGGGCAUUAGCAGCAGCGCAGGAGUUCAGGGCCAGUAUGCGCCUGCUGCUGUUGGGAUGUCUCAGCCCCGGCCGACAGGUAUGGCCCCCCAACCAAUCGGCGGUUCAUCGGAUCCACUUCAGGGAGACGAUGAGGAGACCAUGAGAUUACGAGCAGAGCGAGGAGCUCGAGCAGGUGGAUGGACUAUCGAAAUGGGCAAGAGAAGAGCACUAGAGGAAGCGUUCAGCAGCAUAUUCAUCUGAUGAUCAGAUUAGAUGCAGCAAUACCUUUGUCCGAAGGAUACCUGAUGAACUCAUCGCAGCCUUUCGGACGACUGAAAGAUGUUUUCUGCUACAAAUAUGACUGGCUAUGGUCCAAUUCUGAAUUUUUAAGUAUAGUGAAGAUUGAGACCGAUCAGCGCCAAGUGGCCUGCUGAUUGGAAAGAUCAUCACUUUGCAAGCAGUAUAGUUGCAUGUUGCUGCAUCUAUUCAUAGCAUGAAUGUGGUGUUUUUGCCCUUGUAAAACUCUGGGAAAGAUUUUGAUACUGAGAGUUCGUCUGUUCUCUCUAUGAUGCAGUGCUUUGUUGAUGUGACUUCGUCAUCA